AGCCAUAUUGGAUUUUGGUGCGACGUUGUUUUCUUUUACAGGUAAGGUUUUGACUUUAAAAACACGUUCAGUUUCAGUUUAGGAGUAGUUUUAUGUUGUUAAGAGCAAUUUAUCUGAAGAUGUGCACAAAUCAGAGAGCAAAUUUCCACUUUUAUGUUGAAAAUUACGAAUAUUUAAACGUGUGGCUAGCGAAGGACUGACCAUGUGCAAAGGUUUUGGUUUGUAAGCACAUCCCUUUCCAUUAUUUAUAAGUAAUACUGUUUUGUUAAGGAAAUCUAUCUAGUUACGUACAAAUUAUUGACAAUGAAACACGUUCUGUAAAAGUUUUUAUCAGUAAUUUUGCUUUGCUUAGAACAAUUUAUCUGAAACUAUACACAAAUAUAUAGAGCAAAUCUCCAAUUUUAUCUUGAAAAGUGCAUAUACUCAAGCAUAUCGCCAGGAAACAACUAACUACGUAGGACAUGUUUUCUUUUUUGAAUUCAGAAGUUAAUCACUGCUAAUUUUAGGAAAGCAGGUUUCUUGAUCAGAGGAAAGAAUCUAUGAUUCCUUUUUACUUUUUCUUAAGAUGAUUGGUAAUGGCUAGUUGUACUGAAAGCAGUGAGGAAGAAAGCGAAGUGAGGCUUCUGCCUCCAAAAAAUAGCCCAAAUCAGAUACAGACUCUAGUAACAGCAAUACACAUUCGAGUUUCGGUAUUUAAACUAUGGCGUUCACUAUCCCCCAAAAUUCAAUUUCUGAAUUUUGAUCCUAAUUUUAGCAUUCCUUAUUGCAGUUUUAAAGUUUAUACUUAAAUUAUGCAAUGGAAAGUUCAAGUCCUCAAUUUGUUCAUUCCUCUCGUCGAUUUGAAAACUAUCUUCAAAACCAAAGCUAGUGCCAUUUUGGUGUCAAAAUCUGUUUUCAGAUUUCACGUAUAAAAUGUCUUAUUGGCAGUUGUUACCGUGAAAACAUUGUUCAGAUUUUGUCAAGAUAGUGAAAGAUUAUUGUGAGCAAAAAGAGAAAAUAAAGGAACAAGUUUUGACCAUAAUCACUGUAGUAAACAGCAGUUGUCAAGGGAAAGAUGAGUUAUUUUGAAAAUUGAAUAACUUUAAAUUCAAAAGUAUUGUUUUGUUUGAUUAACUUAAGAUGAUGGACAAAGAAGUGGUCGUUAUUCUAAAGAAUCUAAUGCUAAUUAUUGCUUAAAUACCCUUAAUUAAAAAUGACCAUAGCAACGGUUACCAUGGAAACCUCGUUAAGUUGUUUCACACAUAAAGAUAAAAUAUAUUCACACCAGUAAUGCUUGAGCCAAUUUAAGAUUGUCUAGGCUUAACUUUAGGGGAGUAAUGUCGAGUUGAACAUGUAUAAAAUAAUGAUACUAAAGAUAUGCUUAAAUCACAGGGACCUUACCAGCAGUCACAAAUGAGCCCCCAGCACAACGACGUCCCACCAGUACAUCAGUACAUACCUAAAAAUGUUCUAUGGGUAUUGCCCUGCCAUUUUGUGAUGUCAGACCAAAUAUGUAGAGGGUGUGCUACGUCUCGAUUUUUUCAGGGUUCUACCUCCCAGAGUAAAUGAACUAAAUCGCGAGAGCAGUUCGAGAGCAGCGGAAUGGGGUGCUUGACUGAUAUUUUGGAAACGGGUAAUGUGAUUGUUGUUUUUAAGAUAUCAGUUAGCAAAGAGCUUGGAUUGUCCAGCCGCAGCUUGUUUUGGUCAUGUUUCAGAAAGGAUAAUUUUGGUUUUUUUUUUCAGUAAUUCUGUUUUUAAAAAGCCUUAUGAUUGGCUGGAAUUAAUGCCUGGCGCCACAUUUUGAACGUCAUUUUUACUUUGUUCGCAGAUGUUCUUCCGCGAAAAACGCUGCCCAAUAAAAUGAUUCGAUUUCUGAUUGGAUUAUUGCGACAGCCUGCUUUAUUUCCAUUGUUGUAUCUAGGCCAGGAUAAACUCUAUUUUUUGCCUAAUUUCUUUAAAAUUCACCUGCAGUGAUUUCACCGCAUUAGUAGUUAAGAACUAGGGUAUCUAAAAGAUAGUAAUGCUGCGGCACAUUCUGUUGAUACUGGCAUUAGUUAGGCAGUGAGACUUAAAAGAAUCAAAAAUGACAUUGAAUGUCCUAUUUACAUGUUGGAAAGUACUAGAAUAAUUACUAUCAGUCUAUAGAAAGAACUCGUGGGAACGUUGUUUAGAAAAUGAUCAAGCGGUUAUCAAUUCUGGUUUUCCCACAGUAAAUUGUAGGAAAUAAUAGAAAUUCAGAUCGUUUAUCCAUAUAUUUAAUAUACGGUGCACGAUAUUUUCUCUGGAAACACAAUACUUUUUUUGCUGUUUGUUGCACUUUAUUAAGUAACUGUUAUUUAGCUAUAUAUUUAUAGAAAACAACAACACAAAAAACGGAAAACAAAAGAAAGAAGGAAUAAAUAAUUCAGUAGGAUUCGAACCGGCACCGUCGACUCGACGCGACUACACCUAACCACUAAACCACAGAGACUGACUACGUAGUCUUCAGGAAAAGUCAUUCAUUUUAUUCCUUUUCCAUGAAACUUCCGCCGGCAAGAUGAUCGCCAGCCGCAUUAACCGAGCUAUUGACAGUGAAAAAACAAUGUAAACGCAUAUUCCAUGGCAAUAAAUGAAUGAAAGAACAUAAUUAUGCUUUUCAAAACGCCGAUACACGUCCUCGUCUGCAAAGUAGGACACAAAACAUAUGUUUUGUUAUCUCGAUUUCCGCUGUUAUUUUGAAGCGAAUGGUCAAAAUCACAUCCAUUUUCGGCUCAUACAGUUUCUUAAGAAUAGCAUUGCAUGACAUUUUCUCACUUUCACAUCACCUUCUAGCAAGCUGGAAUUUGUAUAUCCCCCGUGUUGCGGAGUCGAAGAGCAAAUGCUCAUCUUCUCGUCAGGUUUAACACCUGGACGAGUCAAAAAGGCUCUUGAAUUGAAAUCCAAUCCCCAAGUUAACCAUCGUUCUCAUCUCAAAGACUCCUGCGUGUCUUAAAAUUUGGUAAGACCGUGCUGUAGAAAAUUUGCCACAAAGAAAACUCUAAGUCUGAGCAGCGAACGAAAACACUGUAAUUUUGAGCAGCGAACGAAAAAUGGAGUAAAAAUUUUAGGUACAGGAUAAUGCAUCCACCGAACUUAACCCGUUUGUUUUUUUACUCCUGAAAAAGAGUUCUUUUUAUUUGAGUUGUUGUUCGUGGGGGUUGUUUUUACAAUACACUCCUUUUUGGUUAAAUAAUAUCAAAAAGAGUUCAUUUUGGUAAAAAAGAUGAAUUCGAAAAUUACAGUCGAACCCCCGUGUUUUUAUUUGAGUUGUUCUUAUAAAUCCAAUGAUUAUGUUGAUGAAUAUUUCGCCCCUUAUAUUAUAAAUCCUGAUUAUGUUGCUUAUAUUUCUUAUAAAUCCUGAUUAUGUUGCUGCUCGCUCCCUUCGGUCGCUCCGCAGCAAUUAUUUUAGACAGUAUAAUUAUACCUGUUCAUUUCUGAAUCUGAGAAAUUGUCAACUCAACUUUGAACCUGGCGUAUGCCGUUUGCUUUAAACGUGAUUCAAAAUCUCAAGUAAGAACAGGAGAUCAUAAUGGAUCCUAUUAUGAUCCCUUUGUAAGAACCGUUUUAACUGCACUUUAGUAUACUGGCUAUAAAAUGACAAGGAUAUUUCUUUUCAAUCUAGCUCUCACUUAAAGUUAAAACUGAAUUUCACCAAAAGACAAGAUCGUGUCACCAUGCUUCGCCGAAGAAAGUGUCAACUACUUCAGUUCGUGGUCAUAUCAAUAGCAGCAAUGAUAUUGCUGCUGAUCUUCCAUAAUACAACGGAACCCAACAUACUCUAUCAGCCAGACAUGCUUCCGUAUCGUUUAGAACUUAGAGAGAUUCAAGGGGAACUGGUUUGGCCAAUACAUGAUGUCAGUGUCGGACUGCCAAUCAGUCACAUCCGGGACCUUGCUGAGAACAAAUCACGUGUUCUUCUAGUUAUAGUUGUAUCAACAGCACCAUUGAGAAGAGAAAGAAGAGAAGCUAUCCGACAAACGUGGUGGAAGCACUGCAAGGCCGAAAAGGUAAAUGGAGGAGAGCGUAAGGGUUUGUGGUGAUGCGGUUUUGCGGAAAUAUUUAUUUCAAGUUGCGGUAUUGCGGUUUGCAGUAUUUAGACAUUUUCGGGUAAUUUCAAAGCGGUUUGCAAUUUUCUUAUGUUUUUCUGUGCGGUGUUUAUACGUAAUUUUGUGCGGUUUUGCGGUACUCGUACCCCCUUACGCCCUCCAGCUCUAAAUGGUGAAUUUCUUGCGUAAUUGCUUGUAGAACCUCGUAGAUCAAACUGCAGUUACCAGAUUAUGAGAGCGUUUAGCUGGAUGAUCUUUAGAUUGAAAUAUCCUGUUUUAGAGUGUGUCAGGAUACAAAAAAACAAACAACAAACGAAGGCAACUUUAAGAGUUUAUAGAGGGGUCAGGAUAUUUAGCGAUAGAUACGAACCUGGAGGAGUAUUCCAUUUUGAAAUGUCGGGGUGCUCGGCAAAAAUUCCAACAUCAGUCCUAAAUGAAACCAUAAAACUUGCGUUAAAGGUGUGGCAAAACUUUUUAGCCCUAAAGAGGUACGUUACAAAUCAGUUGAGUGACUGAUAAUUGCAAUUAUUGUCUGGGUCACUCGGAUCGGCUCCUGUCUAGGUCGAUAUCCUUACAGCCCCCCUCAAAGGUUACAGCUACAGCUCCUGACUCGUCCCCAGUCUUCUUUAUUUGGAUCGCACGCGGAGAGGGCAACACCAAAGAGAGAGCGAGGGGUGAUGGGACGGAGGAAAAUGAAAGGGAGAGAGUCUCCCCAGGCCUCUUUCUCCUUCUUAUCAUCACCCCUCGCUCUCUCCUUGGAAUCCUUGACCUCCAUUCUCUCUUUAGUAUUAAUGGUAGACUGAGAGACGGCUGGUAACGAGUCAGGCCACAGCUCUAUUGGCGGACGCUUUCGAUUGAAGCACCCAAGCACCCUCAGAAUUUCGAGUUAGAAAAAUUAUCUAAUGCACUAGUCUGUCUUGUCGCAAUUUCUCUUUGUAGGUCGCUUGCCAUUUCUUCACAGAUGGACGAGUAGUGAACACGAAAAUCAAGCAAAGUCUUUUAAAAGAAAGAUCACUUUAUGAAGACAUGGAAUUUCAACCGUUACUGGGCGGGAUAGAAUUUGGAUUACGCUUUCUGUACCACGCGAAGUGGACCGCGGCUAGAUACGACUUUCAGUACUUCCUUCGAGUGGACGAUGAUUACUUUGUAUGUCUUGAGAAGUUGCUUAAUGAGUUGCCGCUACGUCCUAAAAAAAAUCUGGUUUGGGGAAAUUUUCACUGCGAAAUAAAUGGCUCUUGGGUCGACGAGUCUUGGAUGGUGUUCUCACGUGAUAUCGUGGAGACUUUUUUGACGCAAGAAGCGCGCACGAUGCUCUGUCACCCGCACGCUGACCAGCAAAUUGCUUUAUGGCUCAACAAAAUCUCUGAUAAGGUGUAUUUUCAUGACCACAGACUUAAUCAUUGGGUGCCUGAUACAUUUGACUGGCAGGCCAAGAACAUUUGUGAUAAGUACAUGGGUGUUCAUAAAGCAUUUGCCCCACGGAUGUUGCAGCUGGGGAAAGCCAGCGGAGAUGGCCCGCAAGAGGUUCCGCCAGUAUCAAACUUCUCUGAGUAUUGCGACCUCAAAACGUUUGACUAUAAGAUGUUCGAUCCUAGUUCAAUCUUUUUCUACGAGCCCAAGCCUUGUGUUGAGAAUUUUUUGUGGGUAAAAAAUCAUCGUUUGUGGAUCGGACAGGAGGGCAAGGUCAAUACUUGA